AUGGCAAUCUGGCGCUGGCUGCUGUCUCCUGUGGUCUUUCCUGACUUUGGUGUUGCCAUGUUUGCUCGUACCAUUUGUUUUAUCAUCAUUCCUAGACUCCUAGAAUCUGAGAGCGGUGGUGCUGCGAUUGGCAAAGUCCUACCUUCGGGAGCAGCUCCAGGGCCUCCAGACCCGGUACUCUGGAGGAACCUUUCCACCCGGCUGCGCUUGAGCGACGAUGCAGAUGUGCGGUUGAAUGGGUUCUACACCUCUUUGCUGGACAAGGGUCAAGCUCUCGUCUCAAGCGUGGUGGAAGCAAUCAUCGCAGAAGUCUCCUCGUGUGUGGUGAGCUUGAUCAUCAUAUUCUUGUACGUGAUCUUCGGGCUGCUAUAUCCCUUGCCGAUUGGUGGCAAGGUGAGCAAUCUAGUUCGCAGCUAUCUGUGGAAGAAGACAGUUGUCUCCCUGCUUUAUGGCUUCUCAGUGUCCGCACUCUUUCUCCUCUUGAACAAUGACCUCGCAGUUUUUUUCGGCAUUGUCUCCUUCUUCUUCAACUACGUUCCGGAAGUGGGUACAAUCAUUGCCAUCUUCAUUCCGAUGCCCGUGAUUCUCUUGGAUGGUCGACUCCUGUCCCCAGCUGCCACGCUCGCGAAGGCUACGGUUGGACAGCUGGUUCUCAAAAUUGUCUUUAACAACAUCAUUGAGACGAGCUUGAUUCAGAACGACCAAGAGAUGAGGAUACAUCCUGUCUGGGUCCUCCUGACCAUCAACUACUUCGGCUUCAUUUGGGGACCGGCAGGAAUGAUGAUUGGGGUGCCCAUCCUGUCGGUGAUGAAAGGAGCCGCGGUCUCUGCAGUAGAGCUUACGGAGUCGAAGGACGACGUGGCUAAG